CGCGCCGGGAGGAGGUGGAGAGUGAGGCCGAGGGGUGGGGAGCCCGGGAAUUCCCUCCUCUUGAGGUAGCGAGUCCGGGGCCCGCCGUGCCUUCGUCGCUGCCGCCGGGCGCUCGGGACGCGGAGAUGGAGGACGGAGAGGGCCCCGAGGGCCUCGCCUCCGCCCACCGCCCCCUCCCCGCUACCCGAGUUGCAGCCGCAGCAACUCAUGCGAACGCGGCUGGAGGGCAGAUUUGAUAAUGGGCUGCAUUAAAAGUAAAGAGAACAAAAGUCCAGCCAUUAAAUACAGAACUGAAAACACUCCAGAACCUGUCAGUACAAGUGUCAGCCAUUAUGGAGCAGAGCACACUGCAGUGAUACCAUCCUCUUCAGCAAAGGGAACAUAUGUUAAUUUUAGCAGUCUUUCCAUAACACCUUUUGGAGGAUUCUCAGGGGUGACGCCCUUUGGAGGAGCAUCUUCCUCAUUCUCAAUGGUGCAAAGUUCCUACCCUGCUGGUUUAACAGGUGGUGUUACUAUAUUUGUGGCCUUAUAUGAUUAUGAAGCUAGAACUUCGGAAGACCUUUCAUUUAGGAAGGGUGAAAGAUUUCAAAUAAUUAACAAUACGGAAGGAGACUGGUGGGAAGCAAGAUCAAUUGCUACAGGAAAGAAUGGCUAUAUCCCUAGCAAUUAUGUAGCCCCUGCAGAUUCCAUUCAGGCAGAAGAGUGGUAUUUUGGCAAAAUGGGGAGAAAAGAUGCUGAAAGAUUACUUUUGAAUCCUGGGAAUCAAAGAGGCAUUUUCUUAGUAAGAGAGAGUGAAACUACUAAAGGUGCUUAUUCCCUCUCUAUAAGUGAUUGGGAUGAGGUAAGGGGUGACAAUGUAAAACACUACAAAAUUAGGAAACUUGACAACGGUGGAUACUAUAUCACAACUAGAGCACAGUUUGAUACUCUGCAGAAAUUGGUUAAGCACUACACAGAACAUGCUGAUGGUUUAUGCCAUAAGUUAACAACUGUGUGUCCAACUGUGAAACCACAGACUCAAGGUCUAGCAAAAGAUGCUUGGGAAAUCCCUCGAGAAUCUUUACGACUAGAGGUUAAACUAGGACAAGGAUGUUUUGGUGAAGUAUGGAUGGGAACAUGGGAUGGAACCACAAAAGUAGCAAUCAAAACACUAAAACCAGGUACAAUGAUGCCAGAAGCUUUUCUUCAAGAGGCUCAGAUAAUGAAAAAAUUAAGACAUGAUAAACUUAUUCCACUAUAUGCUGUUGUUUCUGAAGAGCCAAUUUACAUUGUCACUGAAUUUAUGUCAAAAGGCAGUUUGUUAGAAUUCCUGAAGGAGGGAGAUGGAAAGUAUUUGAAGCUCCCACAACUGGUUGAUAUGGCUGCUCAGAUUGCUGAUGGUAUGGCAUAUAUUGAAAGAAUGAAUUAUAUUCACCGAGAUCUUCGGGCUGCUAAUAUUCUUGUAGGAGAAAAUCUUGUACAAAAUAGCAAAAUAGCAGAUUUUGGAUUAGCAAGGUUAAUUGAAGACAAUGAAUAUACGUCAAGACAAGGUGCAAAGUUUCCAAUCAAAUGGACAGCUCCUGAGGCUGCCCUAUAUGGUCGAUUUACAAUAAAGUCUGAUGUAUGGUCAUUUGGAAUUCUGCAGACAGAGCUGGUAACAAAGGGCAGAGUGCCAUAUCCAGGCAUGGUAAACCAUGAAGUGCUGGAACAGGUGGAACGAGGAUAUAUGAUGCCUUGCCCUCAGGGUUGUCCAGAAUCUCUACAUGAAUUGAUGAAUCUUUGUUGGAAGAAAGACCCUGAUGAAAGACCAACAUUUGAAUAUAUUCAGUCCUUCUUGGAAGACUACUUCACUGCUACAGAGCCACAGUACCAGCCAGGAGAAAAUUUAUAAUCCAAGCAGCCUUUUAUAUGCACAAAUCUGCCAAAAUGUAAAGAACUUACGUAGACUUCCUCACUGACAUACAGGAAUCAAAAGAAGAUAAUCAUCUUCACUCUGCAUGUUUUUAAUGAUAAACUGGAAUUCCAGAUAUGGUUGCACAAAACCACUUUUUUUUUCCUCCAAGUGUUAAACUCUCAAGUACCGAUGAUGAAUUGUCCAACUUAUUUCAGGGUCCAAAGAAAGUAUAGUUGAGAUAUUGAUGACAGUGAGACUGAUUGCAUGACAAUGAAGAGCAGCAGGCUACUAUUUUAGAAAUUACUCCUUUGUUUUAUUCCCCAAACUCAGACUUGAUUAGAGAAAAUUAUUUAUCAUUAUAGAUAAAACUUGGGAGAUGAAAGUAGUUUUACUACAAUAAAAUCUAAAAUUAAGGAAUUUCAUGGGACCAAACAAUUCCAUUCCAGUUUUUAGAAAUUUGCAUUCAUUAUUCUGAGAAGUUUUUUCUAAAUUGGA